CUGAUCUUAUACCCUCCACCGCCCGACCCAGGCGAGCGCAACCAGGCGUCGGAAGCAGCUCCGUUGUCGUGCCAACGCUAUUAAAUUUAGACUUGAGACCGCGCAGAAGCGAAGGUAUCGCGACGCGCACCGUCGCCUUGAGUUUCGGAUGGCCUUCCCGGCGGGUGUUCUAGAAAUGCCCUGCUGUGCCCGCCCGCUCGAUCCCCGUGUCUGGUUGUCACUGCCGGUAUUGUGAGUGGGUAGCAGCGGUAGAACACCUUCACGAGUACCUGCUUCGUUUCUCAGUCCUCUGUAUGCAGCAUACUCGAUGACCGACGACGCUAUGCUUCCCACCGGCGCGUGGGAUACUCACGUCCACAUCUUCGCUCCGAGCACCCAUCCCUACGCCUCCACGCGCUCGUACUCGCCGCUCGAAGCACCCCUGCCCGCGCUCCUCGCCCACUCGCGCUCGAUCUCGGCCACCGACUCGCCCACGAACCUCGUGCUCGUCCAGCCUUCGCCGUACGGUCGCGAGAACUCGCUUCUCGUCGAGGCGCUCGCGUCUUUGAACAGCGAUCCGGCUCUGUCGUCGGUGAGAGCGCGGGGGAUCGCGGUCGUCGACAGCGGUAGUGCGACGGCGGAGUCGCUGCAAGUACUUCAUGAUAGUGGUGUGCGCGGUCUGCGCAUCAAUCUCGAGUCGUCUGUAAACGCGCGGUACUCGACUGACGAGCUCAAGACCGUGAUUGCUGAUUCAGCGGCUGCCAUCUCGUUCCUGCCCGGAUGGGUUCUGCAGCUAUUCAUCAAGAGCACUUUGUGGGACGACCUCUUACCGUUCGUCAUGACCCUGCGCGUGCCAAUCAUCGCCGACCAUCUCGGAGGUCUACUAGGCGCCUCGAAAAGCCCCGUCGUCGACUCGGCCAACCCGCUCUCGCAGCCCGGAUACGCCUCGCUCGUCCGUCUAGCUCGCGAAGGUCGCGUGUACAUCAAAGUCUCCGGUCUCUACCGCGCCUCGAAUGCGCGCCCCGGAUUCGAAGACCUGGAACCGAUCAUCAGCGCGCUGGCCCGCGACGCUCCAGACCAGCUCCUGUACGCGAGCGACUGGCCGCACACGGGCGAGGCCAAGGACAGACUGAAGCGGUCGAGCGACGCGCCCGAGGCAUUUCAGGUAAUCGACGAUCGUCUUGUCAUUGCCAAUCUUCGAAAAUGGGUCGCGCCAGUGGUAUGGCAAAAGAUGUGCGUCGACAAUCCGGCCCGUCUGUUUUCCAACUAGGGUUCCUCUUCACAUGACGAAGACACUACACUCUGGCCAGGCCCCGCACACUUCGCCCGAGACAGCGUCUGUCAGCUGCAGGAUUUUGGGUAUCCUGCAACACCCCUUGCCACACUGAAUCGAGCGGGGUUGGCAAGUGCGGCGCUGGCCCGUGUGGUGG